AUGGCGUCGUCACCCACCUCUGCUCUGCCUUUCUUGGAAUUUCCAGCUGAAGUGCGCCUGUGCAUCUAUCGAUAUCUGGUCCCCAACGUGCCGAUCCGCAAUUUUCCGCUGAUCCGCGGUCGCAACAAGACCGUCCACCUGCGCACCGAUAAUCUGCCAUGCUGUCCGGCAAUUCUGCGCACCAAUCAACAAAUUCAUAAUGAACUGAUUUCCGAAUGGUACGGAUCCACGUCCUAUGAGGUCGUCCUCGACAACAAAUAUAUCCUCUUCUGCGGCAAGGUGAUCCCCCCCUAUGCACCGCUCCCCUCGACUAUUCAGUGGGUGCAAUCCAUGCAUCUCAAAUUCUCGAUACAGGGCGCACCACGCCAUAUCCACAGCACGUCCACCCUGGAGCAUCUCCUGGGGUUUCAGGAUCGCGUGGUGGCAUUGGCCCGAUCCCUAUCAAACAAUGAGAUGCGUCAGCUACGCAAACUACAUAUCGACAUUGCGGUCGAUAUACCCUUGCUGCUGAGCCUGAGCAAAACACCCAGUGAGUUGCUGAAUCUCUUGAACUGGAACUUCAGUCCAUUCCGUGAGAUCGUCACCGAUAUUCCCGAAGUCGAGUGGGAAUUGAACGAGCAGAGUUAUGGGAUCCAGAGUCGCGAGUUCCUGCAAUCGUAUGCAGAGCUGAAGGCGAUUAUGCAUGGGUAUUUAGCCGACAUGCGAUCGGAUAUGCUGUGUCACCCGGACGGGGAAUAA